UGUAUAAAACUGUAUGAGAAAUAUGCUUUAAAAUGAAAAUGUACUAACAACAUAUUAUCUCCACAUGCUCAUUUUUAAAAAGAAAUGAUAGCAUUAACAGGAAAUAAAGAUUAUCCCUUAUUUAUAUUAGGCCUGACUCCAACACUGGUAAUCAGAUUGACUGUUAAAUAGCUCUGCAAAUACUUUUCUUGUACUCAGUGGAAGUACUUAUGUAGGCAAAUACUGCUGGGCCCUGGCAAAACUGGGAGAAUCUGGGCUUCUCUGAUUCAAAGGUUUAUUAUUAACAAAACCCUCAGUUGCUCAAACCCCACAAAAUGAUUUCAACUGAACAGUCACACCACUAGUCGGAGAAAAGUACACAUGUGACAAAGAAGGAGAAUGAAAAAGCUUAUUGACAUGUUGAUACACAGCUGAUAAGGAAAACAAAAACCCACUUAAAAAAAUAACAGUUGAGUUUUAGUCGAAGUCAGAAGCAGCAUCUGGUCUCUUUUCUCUCCCAACAUCAAGAAGAUGUUUGCAACGAUGCUGAAGAUAUUUCCAAUUCUAGCCAUCCUUACAGGCCACGUCAGCGGCGUUGUGGUGACCGUCCCUGAGAAGACAGUGAAUGUCACUGCAGGUGGAAACGCAACCCUCCUCUGUACAUACACGAGUUCUGGACCGCUGGGAAAUUUCUUUAUUCAGUGGAGCUUUUACAGUGCCAAAGAGACACAACUGCAUACCCAUUCCCCGUGUCACGGUAUUCUGAGUAUGGAUGAAAAGUCAGUCAGUCAUUGUCAAAAGAUGGUGUAUGUGACAGAUGCACGGGGAAGAUGUAGCUGGAGACACAAGAUCUAUUAUUAUUCAGGAGGCCAGUCUGGCUCCUAUGGAGAGUUUAAGAACAGGAUAACAGCUGCAACAGGUCCAGGGAAUGCAUCAAUAACAAUCUCCAACAUGCAGCCCUCAGACACUGGUUUCUACACCUGUGAAGUUUUCAGCCCACAGGGUGACACUGGACAAAGUCAAAAAUCUGUGAUUGUCAGUGUGCUGGUCAAACCGUCAAAACCCUUCUGCAAAAUAGAAGGAACACCUGAAAAAGGCCAUCUAAUCUACCUCUUAUGCAAAUGUGAAGAAGGAUUGCCUCACCCUACCUACCACUGGUACAAAGUAGAUGAGAAUACCCUCAAGCCUGUGACUGAACAAUAUAAUCCGAACACUGGCAUUCUUUACAUUGGCAAUCUCACCACCUUUGAAACUGGGUAUUACCAGUGCAUAGCCAGCAACGCCCUGGGGAACAGUACCUGUGAGCUUGACCUAACUGCAAAACAUUCAGACAGUGGUAUUGUUGCUGGAGCAUUAAUUGGAGCAAUUCUGGCAGCUGCUCUCAUUUGCAUUAUCGUCUGGGUCUUAACCAAGAAGGCAAAGAAUAAGAAGUCAUCAAGUAAUGAGAUGCAAGAAAUGGCUCAUAAACAAUCCAAUGCAGAGUACGUUCAGGUACCUAAUGACGAAAACAUUCCUGUGACCACAGUUCCAUCAAGCAACGCGACAAAUGAAUACCCUAGUGUUAAUGAAACGGCAGCCUCUGGAACACCUGAAAAUGAUGAGAAGCAAGAAGUGGAAAAAGAAGAAAUAGCCUAG